ACGGCAGUAUUCCAGAGUGUAGCCAAUUCAAAGGGAACGUGUGCCUCCUUCCAACCAAAUUGCCGCACUGCAGGCGUGCCAACUUCACGCCGCGCUUCACCAUCCGAAGCGGUCGAAACAACGAGAAACAAACAAAAAACCGAGAAACUUCUCUGCUUUCUCUUUGCAUUUAAUGAUGGGAGUUUAUAAAAACUCAGAGUUGCUCUGUCCCGCAACUCUGCAUUGCCGUGAAUGGGCAAGAGAAUACUUGGAUUAUUGUCUUUGCAGUAGCAGAGAUGGAAUUUCGUUAGGAUUGGGCGCCGUAAGUGUUGUCGUUUGGGUUGUUGCCGAGAUUCCACAAAUCAUUACUAAUUACAGGCAGAAAUCCACCGACGGUCUCUCUGUUGCUUUCUUAACCACUUGGAUUAUCGGGGAUCUUUUCAAUCUUUUUGGCUGCAUUCUGGAACCAGCUACUCUUCCAACCCAGUACUAUACGGCAUUGUUGUAUACACUAAUUACUGUGAUUCUUGGUUCACAAUCCAUAUACUAUGGCCACAUUUAUCCUCGAUUAAAAUACAGUAGAAGUCCCCACAAUGGACUCAAGCCUACUCAAACUGAAUCAACAGAAAAGAAUGGACAAAGCUAUAAUGAUGUUGGAAAACAAGUAAACAGUUUUGACAAAUGGAAAAAUGGUUUGUGCAUUUCUAACAGAGAAAGUGCUUUGAGUGCACCUAUUCCUCUUCCAGCACUCUCUAGAACUAUGUCUGGAAGAGAACUAUACUACAUGUCUGCCAGAUCUCUGUCAAGGAGUCAUACACCAACAGCAGGGUCUUUCUUAGUACAAAGAAUGAGUCCCACCUCUCAUCAUUCUGGGAUUACCAUUAAGGAGCCCUUGCUUGGUGGACAAGUUUCUACGCACUCUGCGCCAUCUCUAAACACCAAAACCAUGCUAUGCUUGGUCUCAAUAAUGAUAUUUCUUAGAACUACUAAUCUUGGAUACUUAGCUGACAGUGAUCAUAACAUUGAGUUUGAGAAAUCAAAUAAAGGAUUUGUGAUUCAAGUUGGGAGAAAGCUGUUGAAGGUUGAUGGUGAGCUAUUACAAGGAAAUGGUAUUGAAGGAAGCAGUGGGAUUGGAAGUUACCUUGGUUGGGCAAUGGCAGCAAUCUAUUUGGGUGGACGGCUACCCCAAAUUUGUUUGAAUAUGAGAAGGGGGAAUGUGGAGGGCCUUAAUCCUCUGAUGUUUCUCUUUGCUUUGAUUGGUAAUGCAACAUAUGUAGCGAGCAUACUUGUUGGCAGCUUGGAUUGGUCAAACAUCAGACCAAAUCUACCAUGGCUUGUAGAUGCAGGAGGCUGCGUGCUACUUGAUGCUUUUAUUUUAAUGCAAUUCAUCUACUUCCAUUGUCAGUCAUCCCGAGAUGCAGGUUAUAAGCUCAGAAAUUCAAAUUCAGCUUAGAAGAUGACGACAACAAAGUAAUUUAGGUAUUGGUAACCGAAGACAGUAAUUUUAACCAACUUUUAGUGGUGUGAGCAAUGGAAUGAUGAUCAGUAAUGUGAAAGAAUUAGAGGUUCCACAGGUUAAUCACCAAGGCUCAAAACCUCUCAGGUUAGCAAAUUCAAUUGACCUAGUUUGCAAUUAAGUUAAAGAGAUAAAGAAAGAAAGAAAUCCCAAUUACCAAGCUUGAGAUUUUAUUAGCAGUAGGUCUUGCAUUGCCGAGACCAAGCACAUUGAAACCUCAAAUUGAUUUUUUUUUUUUAAUUUUGAAAUUGUAAUUAUAUUUUAAGGUUAAAAUAGUUAUUUAUGAUCACUUGAAAAGAAUGAGAGUAAAACUGAAAUUUCAAUCAUUAACUUUAUGGGUCAAAGACUACUAAGGAAAUCACAUUUUAUGUUGAAUUUUCAAAAUGUUCUUCUCAAAUGCUUUAAUAGAUUGAGCAUAGGCUUUAACAACUACUGAAUUUGAGUUGUAUUGACCAGUGUGUGGCCACAUUUGAUUCUUUAAUGCUUUGUUGGUAUUGCAAGUAUAAGCUCUAACAUCUACAUGCUCAAUCAAG